AUGUCCCACCUUUGGGGAGUUCCAAUGAAGCUGCUUGGGCAUCCCAAAGAUGAGCAGGUAUUCUUCGAUCUCCUAUGGGAUCAUAAAGCUAUUGCUCAUCGAAGGAAUAGUCUGCCCAGCUGGUCUUGGUCAGGUUGGGGUGGUCCGGUAAGAUUUGGAAAUUAUGGAAUGCAAAUCCAGACCCUUACAAUAGACCCGACAGCUAACAAGCCGCUGGAUCAUUCAACAGAUGAAAAUGAAGGAGUGACUUCCGCAGUAGAGCGCAUUCUCCAAAUACAGAUUCCCCUUGAAGACAGGACUAUUGAUUUGGAUGGUUUCUGUUGGGAACGUCAGUUGAAUCUACAUCGCGAAAUUCAUCCCAAGGAAUUACAUAUCACCUCAUUCAUUAUGCCGCUACGAUUUCGUAAGAUUCGUAGUGGACGGUCCUAUUCGUAUCUCGAAGAGGAAGUCGUUGGGCCGCUGCCGCCCAAAAUUAUUCCAACAUUUCUGCUAAGGCAGGGCAUAUUUCUUGGUAUCCCAGUGUUCUUCGAUAGAGAGUAUAAUUCCGAAUUGCACAAAUUGGGCCUGGUACUACCAAGCGGUGGUCAGUUCUACAAAGGACCAGAUAUCUAUAACAUCAUUGUUCUCCACCCUGUAGCGGAUGGGAAGUACGAGCGUGCUGGAAUCCUUACUCUGCGAUAUGAUGUUGACAUGGGAGAUAUCGAGGCUAGCGGAUCAAGCGGGUGUCGGGGCGUUUCAUUGGAUGAAAAUGAUAAUCGAAUUUCAGAUGACGACUAUAAGUAUACUAAUCCAAGGAAUGAGGCAUCAAAUGAGUAUCUGUUUCUUCAAGACGCCGAAUGGAAAACUAUAUGCUUAAUUUAG